CCUACUGCCCGGGGCAGCGGGCGCCCAGGACGUGCGCUGACUGGUUCCUGGGGAAGUUUCCUGACUUUCUGGGAAGUCCUGGUUUCCCCCAAUGAAGUGAAGUCUGAUAAAAAUCUGAAGAUCAUCUCUAAGGAAAAAAGAAAUCCAAUAUAGUCGAUGAAUUAAGGACAAAAAGGUUUCCAAUCAGUCCCUGCUAUGUGGAUAUUUGUUAGCAAUGACUGAUGUGGAAACUACAUAUGCAGAUUUCAUUGCUUCAGGAAGAACAGGUAGAAGAAAUGCAAUACAUGAUAUCCUGGUUUCCUCUGCAAGUGGCAACAGCAAUGAAUUAGCCUUGAAAUUAGCAGGUCUUGAUAUCAACAAGACAGAAGGUGAAGAAGAUGCACAGCGAAGUUCAACAGAACAAAGUGGGGAAGCCCAAGGGGAAGCAGCAAAAUCUGAAAGCUAAUGCCCCACUUUGACCUUCAGCAACACCUGACAAUGUCUCACAUGUCCAGGAAUGGCUGGAAUGCAUUUGUUUCCAUGAGUGAAAAGGGGAAAAAGAAAAUGGCUGUGCUGCAUCCCAGGAGCCCGCUCAUUAUGUUAAAAAUGGGGGCAGAGGCUGUGGCUGCAGACAGACUUUUCUCUACCUCUGUCAUUAGCAAUGGUUGAAAUCAUGUGGCUUGUGUUUGGACAUCAUUUUCAGAUGGAUCCUUUCACCUGACCAUAUGAUGAAAUGCUUGUAGAGAGUAGCACUGACCUAGAUGAUGAUUCUUCCUGUAGCAUCUGGCCCCUCACAAUGUCAGAGGAUUUAAUUGUGUCUAAUUGCAAAGGGUUGGUUGAAACCCAGAGUUUCUAUAUCUCUGGCUCAAGUAUUCACCCAGUAAAUGAACCAUCCAGAAAGCACUGUUUUUAGCAUUGUGUAUCCGUGUGUUACUGCUGUGUUAUUGACACUGUUUUGUAUUGUACAAUAUAGAUGCUCAGCACUGCCCCCUUCUUUGAAUGCUUAUGAAAAACAAAAAAUUAUGUACAUUACUGUGAAUUUUUAUACCACUCAUUUUUAAAAGGGCUGCAUUUUUAUUUUAAUUUUUCAUAGUGUGUUGGUGUACACAGGAUAGGACACACUUUUUUAACCAUAAUCUUUCUCUUUGAUCACUGUAUACUGAUGAAUUGAUUAAGCCUAAGACUCCUUUGCUUUAUUACACAGGUAUUUGAAAAUAUCCAUUAAUGUGAAUUUUACCAAAAAUCAAUCUGUUGAGUGUCUGCACAGAGCAGAAUUCAAUUUGUAAAUUUUGUUUUAUUUCCAAGAGGAGAAACGUCUCUCAACUAAUAUUUUUAAUUUUUAAUUAGGAGAAUUUUAAAGAUUUGGGAAGGUAGAAAAGAAAACCCUAGAUGAUGCUACGAACUAGAAAUAUUUUGUUCUGUGGAAACAAAUUUCUCAAAUGCUGUAUGUUCCUGUUUAAAGUUGAGAGACAACUCAUCUCCACCAGGCUCAGACAGAGAACAUGAUCUCCUUGCAAUCAUGUGGACACCAAUCACAAAAGUAAAGCCCUCGUGUUGUGAUUUUCAUGUUUUUUUUUUUUUCAGCCCUAACAGAUCCAAAUGUUAUUAUGCACUUUUUAAUGUUUGUAAACUUUUAUUAAUAAUUAGUGUGAAUUGCAUUCUGAUACAAUAAUAAUUACCAUCCUUAGAAAUUUACAAAAUCUUCAUUGAUACUGUUGGUGGCCUCUGCUGUUUUUUGACAUCAUGAGACUUGUGUGGAAUGUUGCCGUGAGCUGUGGAAUCCCUCUGGUCAGUAUUAUGAAAUCAUUUGUUAGUUGUAAUAAAUAAGGAACCAGUAGUAUGCCAAUGGUUCAUGCAUUACUGGACAAAAAGCCAACAAUAGGAAAUCCCUUAGCUGUCCUUCACGGGUUUGAUACAAUUCCAGAUGAAACUGCAUUUCAGCAGGUGAUCUAUAUGGUUCUGCCAGGAAAUCAACUCUUCUUUAAACUUACAGACAAGAUGAAGCUAAGUCUGCUCAUAGCUCCCUUUACAGUACUUUUCUACUACUGGGAUAGGAAUAUUGGUCUCAUUUGACUUUUAAACAGCUGUAUUAGAGAAGAAAAUUAGCAAUGUCUUUCUGAGAACAGAAAGAGGACAGAUUAAAUUUUAGAGGACUUCUAUCCAACCCAUAAAGGGUCAAAAUGUCCAGCUAAAAUCCAAGCAAAUCUACUUACUAAUAGACUCACAGAUGUGGAAAGAUGUUCCUGGGGCCUAGACAAUCUAAAACAUACUGCCUAUAUAACCACUUUUCAACAUCCUCAAUGACUAUCUCCAUAGCUUUCUUGUGAAUCUAAAGUUUUCAUCUUCCUUAAAGUUGUGGAAUUUUAAACUGAUUUCCUGUGAUUUUGUAAAGUUUAGAAUCAGUGCUGAGUAUAUGUGGAGGGUUUAUAUUCCUAUGUGAUAUACUAUAUUAAUGCAUGUGGUGCCAUGCUUGUCUUUGAAUACAUAAAUAGUGCUAAAUUGUGAAUUUGUAUGGAGCUUUUGAUUUAGUUUGACCUCUUACUGCUACUUUGUCUGCUUUAUUCAAUCCCAAUCUGGGAAGGCAAUGUCAAAUUUGUGAAAGCAUUCUCAAGCUUGGAAGGUAAAUACUGACUUUCCAAUACAUCCACAUUUUAUAAAUUUUGUUUAGCAAAAGUUCACAGUCUUUCUAAUUUUAUUUUAACAUCUUGUACUUGCAAGUCAAUAAUACACAUGGAUCUAAAUUUUUAAGGAGGAAAAGAAAGGGUAGAGAACAAAGGCAUUGGUUUGAUAAUAGGCACUGGAUGCCACUACCAUCCCAAUGCCAAUGCUAAUCACUUUGUAGCACAUACUCAUUUAAUUCUCUAGCAAAUCAAUUAAAGAGAUAUUGUUAUCCCACUUCACAGAUUAGAAAAUUAACACUCAGUAAAGAAUAAUUUUUCCAAGUUUAGAAACAUAAAAGUGAUGGAAUUAAGAUUUGAAUCCAUGUUUGUCUGUCUCCAAGGAGCUCUUUACUGCCAUAGAAUUAAAGGCAAUUUUGGGAACUUUCAGAGAUGGCUUUGCUCAGCUUCCAUAUCUUAGAGAGGGAAACUGGAGCCCAGAAAGAAAAAUUGCCUUUCUCAAGGUACUUAGGUGGAUAAUGAUAUAAAUGUGACUAGAUCAUAGACAGUAUACUUUAA